UUAUUAUAUAUGAAAUUGACGUGAAACAAUUCAAACUCUGGAACAAUUUUUUUUCCCUCUUUGUUUCGCCAGCGCCUAUAAAUUUGAGCGACAAAUCCCAUCGUUUCUCCUCAAUUCCCUCCAAUUUUUCCCCCACCGGAGUUCACCGCCGGUUUCCGUUUCCUCCCCGGCGGCGGCGGCGGCGGCUAGGAUCGAUGGCCGGCGGGGUGUCGUCCGUGGAGGUCGUGAAGGACGGCGCCACUGGGCUGGAGAAGCUCGUCCUGCGCGAGGCCCAUGGCUGCUCCGUCCAGGUAUUUCUGUACGGAGGCCAAGUGAUCUUUUGGGAAAAUGAAUAUCGAGAACAACUGCUCUUUGUUAGUAGAAAGGCUUAUUUCAAACCACCAAAGGCUAUUCGUGGGGGCAUACAAAUUUGCUUUCCUCAAUUUGGGAACCAUGGAGUUCUUGAACAACAUGGAUUUGCAAGGAACCGAUUAUGGAGUGUUGAUGAAACUCCCCCUCCUUUUCCAGCUACCACUUCAAACUGUCAUAUUGACUUGAUACUCAAGCAGUCCCCAGAAGAUUUGAAGAUCUGGCCGCAUAGUUUUGAGUUUAGGCUGCGAGUUGCUCUUAGCCCUACAGGAGAUCUGAUGCUCACAUCUCGAAUAAAAAAUACCAAUGCAGAUGGGAAGCCAUUCAAAUUUGGAUUUUCAUAUAACACAUAUUUUUCAGUCUCUGACAUCAGUGAAGUACGGGUUGAGGGUUUGGAGACCUUGGACUACAUUGACAACCUGCAAUGUGGAAAACGUUGUACUGAACAAGGAGAUGCCGUUGUAUUCGAAUCUGAAGCGGAGAAGGUAUAUUUGAGUGCUCCACCCAAGAUUGUGAUCAUUGACCAUGACAAGAAGAGAACUUUUGAGUUAAGGAAAGAGGGACUUCCUGAUGUUGUUGUUUGGAACCCAUGGGACAGGAAAGCAAAAACGAUACUGGAUUUUGGGGAGGAAGAGUACAAAUGCAUGCUAUGUGUAGGGGCUGCAAAUGCUGAGAAGCCAAUUACAUUAAGGCCUGGUGAAGAGUGGCAAGGAAGGCAAGAGAUAUCUGUUGUUCCAUCCAGUUACAGCAGCGGACAAUGGGAUCCUGAAAUAAUUCAUCGGAUACAGGACAUCUGAAUUUCUCAGGGAUUGCAUUCCGUCAUUUUCGCGCAAGAAGACUCACCAAACAGUCACAGUUGGUAGUACUCUUCAAUAAAUUUAUCUGAAUGUCUGUCUGCUCCAUUCCAAAAUCAAAAGCAUAUGCUGUGGUUUUCCUGGAGGAGUCAAAGUCACCAUCGUGUUUUUAUAGAAAAGAUGGAGAAUUUCAGGUUCAAUAUAGAUAUGUAAUCCUGUACUGGAUGGUUUACUGUAUUACAAAAAGUCCAAUUUGACACUGUGGGAAAGAAAUGUACAGAAUGAUGAUUUUCGUUGUUUUA